ACUAAGAGGAGAAGUGACGUAGCCUAGCUCUGUCUUUUUAACCACGCGGUGGACAGGGAAGGGAGGAAGAAAAGCAGCUCGUAACAAAACUUCAAACAAAAUGCCACAGAAACAAGUUAAAAUCAAAAAGGGGAAAGUGCAGGCCCAGAAAUCGAAGAAGGCCCCUCCCAAACCAGCACCUGUUGAGGAGUCAGAUGAGUCAUCUGAAGAAGAUUCUGAUGAUGAUGAAGAUGAUGUAGAGAUGGCUGAGGUUAAUGGCAAAGCUUCACCACAGAAAAGGAAGGCAGUAGAGCUAGAGGAAGAUAGUGAUGAUAGCGAUAGUGAUGACAGCGAAGAAGAUGAAGUUGCCAAACCAGCUGCACCUAAAAAAGCAAAAACUACACCUGCUCCCAAGAAAGAAGAGAGUAGUGAUGAUGAUGAGGAGGAGGAAGAUGAUGAUGAUGACGAUGAGGAAGAAGAAGAAGAAACAAAACCAACCCCUUCAAAGACAAAAACUCCAAUAAAACCAGCUAAAGCUACUGAAGAGAGUGAUGAUGACAGCGAUGAAGACGAGGAUGAUGAUGAUGAAGAUGAUGAUGAAGAUGAGGAGGAAGCACCUGCUCAGAAAACAAAGGCAGUGAAGAAAGCUAAACAAGCUGAGGAAGAGGAAAGCGAUGAUGAUGAGGAAGAUGAUAGUGAUGAUGAUGAGGAAAGUGAUGAGGAAGAAGAAGAAGAGGAGGAGGAAGAAGAGAAACCUGUCAAAAAACAAAAGGGAAAAAAGGAAAAAAAGGAAAAUGGAUUUGGAGAACAAGCACAGGAAGAGUCUACACUGUUCGUGAAGAACAUCGCUAGCAACGUAGACAAAGAUCAACUCUCAGAAAUGUUCCCAGGAGCCAAAGAGAUCCGCAUGCCUACUAAACAUGAUGGAUCCCCAAAAGGAUUUGCAUACCUUGAGUUUGAUGAUGCCAAGAAAGUAAAGAAAUAUAUUGAAACUAAACAAGGAGCGGAAUUAGAGGGACAGGAACUGUUCCUUGAUUUAGCCAAUAAAAAACCACCCAACAAUAGAAACCAGAGGGGAGGUCGAGGGGGGAGAGGAGACUUUGGAGGGGGCAGAGGUCGCGGGGGCGGUGGUGGUGGUCGUGGAGGCCGAGGUGGUGGUCGCGGUGGUGGUGGUAGAGGUGGUGGCGGUCGCGGUGGUGGUUUCAGAGGAGGACGCGGCGGUAGAGGUGGUGGACGUGGGGGAAGAGGAGGAGGAGGAUUUGGCAAAAGUCCAGCUGCAAAAGGAGCAAUUCAAGAAUUCUCAGGAAAAAAGAAGACCUUCAGCAUGGACGAUUGAGGAGUUGACUCAUUGACCGUCUUUUCAUGUCCAUCAGGCCAUGUCUGUCUGUGCAAUCAUGUUGAAAAUUUUCUUGAGGAAGGCAGAGACCUUUAGAAUCUAAUUUUAAAAAAAAAAGAGGCUGACUUUUUACAAAGUUUUUCACACUAUGAUAUUUACAUCUUGUGAAUUUUUUCUUUGUUUUCACUGGAGAAUUUUUAGUACCAUGUUAUUGUAUACAACCAUGAAUUAAUGUCUUUGAUUUUAUAUAGGAUUUUCAUUACCCAUAGUCCUUGACAUAUCUCUGCCUGUUGUAUAUUUAUUGUAGUUCUCCCAUUGUGUCAGAUCUUGGCUGAGUGUAGGUUGUACAGAAAUCUUGAUGCAUUUAUAUACUACCCUCCCUCUCCAUUCAUCUUCUUCAUGAUCAUGUUGAUAAAAUUGUUCACAUUGUUAAUUCUUACAUCUUGUUUUAUGAUAAAUGUUGUUAUACAUUGUAUAAAGAUGAAUAAAGUAGAGCUGCUAUAA